GUAGUCGUAGUCGAGGCGUUCGUGGAAACAGGAAGCAAAGAGGGGGAAAGCCAAGCAGAGGUUGUUGUUACAAAAAAAAUUAAGAAGGGAGCGCUCUGUCUUUUCCCUCCCAGCUAUUUUGAGCUCUUUAAACUAACAGUGCAGCCGCGGACUUUCAGUCCGUUGCUUGGACACGGCUGAAGGAGAGAAGCUCGCGCGCUUCGCGGACCAACGGCUACCUGAUCAGGGGUGUCGGUUUAUUUGCCCUCCCUCACCGUCCACCACACUGGAAUUAACCCCACCUUACUGAUACCGUAUUAUUUUAAAGGCAGGGCGUGCCAUUCCACCUUUUAAACGCGGCCCUGGUUGUUUUACUGGAGUAUUUUGGCGUUUGAAGAAGUCUUCAGUCUGUCUGACAGGAACGGUGCAAGCGCAGGCAGCCUGAGCUAACGCGAGCUAGCGACUUAGCUGCUAAUGUCAACUAACAUGGAGGGAGAGGUGCAUGUGUUACAUAACAACCAAACGCAAUUAAAUCACCGACUUUUGACACCCAGCAAGCACAGUUAUGGACGUGAAUUAAUCUCCAAAGAAUAAAACGGCCCAUAAACACAUUUAUUUGGCAGAGAUGGAGUCGAACCCGCUGAUCAGCGCAAUGGAUCCGUCCAUUACAUUGUGGCAGUUCCUGCUACACCUGCUGGAUGAUCAGAGUCAGAAGCAUUUGAUCUCCUGGACAUCUGGGGAUGGAGAGUUCAAACUGCUGGAUGCCGAGGAGGUGGCCAGACUCUGGGGGCUGCGCAAGAACAAAACCAACAUGAACUAUGAUAAACUGAGCAGGGCACUUCGUUACUACUAUGACAAGAAUAUUAUUAAGAAAGUUAGCGGCCAGAAGUUUGUCUACAAGUUUGUGACCUUUCCGGAUCCCAACUCUGCUGAUGGGCUGAAAGGGCCUGAGGAUUCCCAGAGGGCCACUACAGGGGAGAAAUUGGAGCUUUCCAUUCAGACCAAAUCUAACACCACCAACCCGUGUCUCUCCAAGAGCCUGCAGGUUCAGCACUCCUCUCCUAGCUCAGUGCAACGCAGCUCCCGCAACGAUUACAUGAAGUCUGGUCUCUACUCCACUUUCACUAUCCAGUCCCUGCAGACGCCCUACAAAACCACAUCCAAAUUCAUCAAAACAGAGCACGUCCUGAGUGACUGCAGCCCCAAUCCUGCCCCUCUGGACUGCACAGUGCAUGAGAUGCGAAUGUGUCAGACAGAAGGACAGCAGGGAACUGUUCAGGCCCAGUCGGCUGUAGAGAGCAGCAGUCUGCAGGUGAUAGUGACCCACCCGUCCCCAUGUGCUACUCCCGCCCUCAGCCCACAGACGCCCUCUGGAUCUGCCACGGCAACCACGAAUACUCAAGCACAGAAGAGCCAGAGUUUGGGUGACCCACCCCAGAUCUACCUGUCUGAUCCCAGCUCUCUGACCUCGCUCAUUCCUCUAGCUCAUGGAGAAUGUGUAGUCAACCAUUCUCAGCCUGUGUUUGUGGUCAUAAAGCCUUCGCCAGUCGGGCUUCCCAAAGAGUCCAGUCUCCCGCCUGAAGACGAUUUGCUGGAGAUUGUCCAUUUGGAUGACAAAACAGAUGUUGAGCCAGUGUCCACAGUGCCUGUCCCUGGAGUUACAGAUGCCCCUAUCCCUGUGGAUGCUCCAUCACCCUGUGUGGAGCCAGUAUCCCAGCCGGUUGGAGAAGGGGAAGUGAAAGAGAAGCCUGAGCUACCCGUGCAAGUGCUGUUGACACCGAGUCCGCUGCCAUCAACCAUUCACUUCUGGAGCACUCUCAGUCCAAUCGCUCCACGCAGCCCUGCCAAGCUCUCCUUUCAGUUCCCCUCCAACGGAAGCAAUCAGAUCCAGAUCCCAGCACUGAGCGUGGACGGCCUAUCCACACCUGUCGUUCUCUCCCCUGGACCACAGAAACCAUAACUUGCGAUUUAAUUCCCUUAUCUCCUGCCGUGGUGAUUGGCUCCCUCCCCAGUCAAUGAAACGCUGAGGACGGCCAAUGAAAGAUGGGACACUCCAUAUCAAGUUCUGCUGUGAGUUGGGCGGGGCUUCUGCUCCAAUGUUGACUCGGGAGGAGUGCGCUCUCAGCCGGCCUUCACGAUUGGUUGACAGAGCGGCCCGAUUCUGGGCUUGAUGGUGGCAUUUCAUAGACUAUUUGCUCUUUUGAUUUUCCUUUGCCUUUUAUAUGAUCAUCAUGGACGGUUAUUUAUUUAUUUCUGAUGUUUCUUGGUGCAUCGUGAGAUGCAUAUACCAGAAUGCUCAUGUGAACUUGGAACUCGGAGAUCUCAAUUUUAUUUUUGAUUUCUCACCGUAACAUUAUGAGUUAUGGACCAGACGAGGUAUCCUUUGAUUGAAUCAAGGCAUAAAAUGCCAUUUACUUCACAGAUGGAGCAUAGCUUUCUUAAAAACUUCUUUAUAAAAACUUUCUUUAAAAAAAUGGAAAGCAUGCAUUUGAAAUCUGCCAGAUUAAAGUGCAAGUUAAUUUCUUUCUUCGGCAUUACAGAGACACAAAUACAUCAUUUAUAGUAACACUGUUAUUUAAAAAUUUUGUGUUUUUUUCCAUGGACAAAGGAGUCCAUUUUCCUAAAGUGGCAUUGAAAAUGCCAGAGGAAUGUAACAGCCAUUCCCAGGAUUUGAAAAGGUGGAACCAGGGAGGAAAAGAUACAAAGAGAUUCUGAGUGAUAUCAUGAUCUGGAAUGUAUCAAUCUUUUUCUUCUAUUGCAUCAUUCCUUUAUUUCAGAACCUUCUUCUUGUAGAUAUAUGUUGCACCCAUUCCAAGAUUUUGUAUUCUUGCUUUCCUGUUUUUGUUGUUGUUUUUAGUAAUUCUAUCAAGGAGCCCUUUCUCUGGCAGCAUUGACAAUGCAGGUGAAGGUUUCAGAAGUGUCGCAGCGAAGCUUUGCAGUUUCAUGCUUUUUUUUUCUUCAAAAGAAAACGCCAGAGGAGACCAAAGACCAGCUGUUUAUAUACAAUCCAUCUUAGCAUCUCUAUCCUUUUUUUUCUCUUGUUUCGCAUUUUCUCUCGCUCUCGUCUUUUUAUUUUUACUCUGCCGCAUUAAAGGGCUAUAAGAACCUUCACACAACCAAAACCCACUCACUUCUGACACUGUAUAUAACUGAUACAUCUAACUCGCCAGCUAUAAGUGUAAAACACAUUAAUCCUUGUAAAUAAAGUAAUUUAUGGCAGAACAGGAAGUAUGUAGCUUCAGCUGCUUUCGAUGUUGUUAGUAGUUUUGUGCAGCCUGCCUCUUAUGCUAUGUUCGUCUGAUGUGUUAAAAUCACACUCACGGUUGUUACCUCAAAAGCUGUCAACAGCUCGACGUGUCAAAGCAGGCACGCAAAUACGUUGCAACUGACAAACAAAGUCAACGAUCAUUUGCAUGUCUUCUUGCGCUUGUAGUUUCUCAAGUUUCCUGUGGAGAAAUCAUGGUGGUUAUAUAUAGAGUUCUGCAGAAAGCUGUAGUCAGUGUUUAUGGACAGUAACUGCCUCCACCGCAUACAGCCUUUUCUGUACGACUGUUUCUAUCAUUUCAUUUGACCUGAGUUUGCUGAACUCACACAUAACAUCCUUGUUUUCCGUUUUAAGAACAUUUGGACAACAGUGUCUUUCACUUUAGAACAUUUUGGCUCUUUAAGUUGGUGCUUUUUGUUGUUUUAAAGAGUGUUUUGGUUUGAUAUCUGCGUAAUUGUAAUGAACUUGGGAGGAUUUGCUGGUAGCAUGCUGCAAUUGCUUACGCUUGUCACCUCUCAGAUUGUUUCUCCUGCAUUUUGUGCACCUCAUGGCUGAUUUGUUACAUGGACCAAUGUGAACUGUUCUUUUCUCAGUGAAUGACUGUUUGUUUUAAGAUGAAGCACUUGAGAAAAGCCUUGAAGAUUAGUAAAUGUUCACCUCAGCUCUUGGUGUCCCUUUAAUAUGUACCGAUGAUGUCAUGGACGCCCACAAGUCGACACAUUGAAUGUUCUGUUCGGGGGGCAUUUUGGGAGUCACCCCCUCACGUUACCACGUGCUAAGCUCAGUGAACUGAUAUCAGCUUAACCUCCUGAGACCCUGCAUCCUCAUAUCCAGGACAUUAUAUUUUAGUGAAUUUCUUUGUG